GUCACAGCAAAACUUUCCAUUAUCAUCUGUACAUUUUUGGUGAUAACGACGUUGUACAGCAUCUCACUGAUAAUGUCUGGAAUGGCGUCUAACCUAGCUAAAAAGCGGGCAUUGGCUGCAGGGUUUGGCACCAAUGCCAAUGCGGUGAAAUAUCUCAAUCAGGAUUUUGAAGCGCUUAGGGCGCAAUGUUUAAGUCGAGGAGGGCUAUUCUCGGAUCCAACUUUUCCAGCCGCACCCGAAUCUUUGGGCUUUAAUGAACUCGGACCAGGCUCGUACAAAACUAGAGCAGUGCAAUGGAAAAGGCCAGGAGAGUUGUGCUCAAGUCCAGAGUUCAUUGUUGGAGGAGCCACCAGAACAGAUAUCUGUCAAGGAGCUCUAGGUGACUGUUGGCUUUUGGCUGCCAUUGCCUCUUUGACGCUCAAUGAAGAUGUCAUGGCUAGAGUGGUCCCCGUUGGACAGAGCUUUGGGGAAAGUUACGCUGGCAUUUUUCACUUUCAGUUUUGGCAGUUUGGGGAGUGGGUGGAUGUUGUCAUUGAUGACAGGCUGCCCACAAAAGAUGGAGAGCUGCUGUUUGUUCACUCAGCUGAGGGCUCAGAGUUUUGGAGUGCACUGCUGGAGAAGGCCUACGCCAAGGUGAAUGGCUGCUACGAGGCCCUGUCUGGGGGCUCCACCACUGAGGGCUUUGAGGACUUCACUGGGGGCAUUGCAGAGAACUACGACCUGACGAAACCCCCUCCGAACAUGUUCCAGAUUAUUAAGAAGGCAAUCGAGUCAGGGGCUCUGCUUGGCUGCUCCAUUGACAUAACCAGUGCCGCUGAUUCUGAGGCAGUCACACGACAGAAGCUGGUGAAAGGGCAUGCCUACUCCCUAACAGGGGCUGUUGAGGUGACCUAUCGUGGCCGUAAGGAGAAGCUGAUCAGGAUACGUAACCCUUGGGGUCAAGUGGAAUGGACAGGGGCUUGGAGUGACAGCUCCUCAGAGUGGAACUCCGUUGAUGAUUCGGAGCGCCAGAACGUCAAAGCUGAUGAUGGAGAAUUCUGGAUGUCAUUUACAGAGUUCCUGCGGCAUUACUCUCGCAUAGAGAUUUGCACUCUGACCCCAGAUACGCUAACGGAUGACUCUGUGAAGCACUGGAGUGUGUGUAACUAUGAUGGUAGCUGGAGGAAGGGUUCCACUGCUGGGGGGUGCAGGAACCAUGCCUACACCUUCUGGAUGAACCCCCAAUUUGUGAUCAGGCUGGAUGAAGAGGACGAUGACCCUGAUGAUAACGAGGUGGGCUGCAGCUUCGUGGUGGGCCUGAUCCAGAAGAACCGGCGCCGGCUGAGGAAAGUAGGCGAAGACAUGCACACCAUUGGCUUCGCCAUUUAUGAGGUUCCAUCACAGUUUCAUGGUCAGAGGGAGGUUCACCUGGACAAGAAUUAUUUCUUGACACAUGCUCAAAAGGCCCGGUCUGAGACCUUCGUCAACCUUCGGGAGGUUAGCACCCGCUUCAAAAUGCCCCCCGGGGAGUACCUCAUUGUGCCCUCCACCUUCGAGCCGCACCUAAAUGGUGACUUCUGCAUCCGUGUUUUCUCAGAGAAGCAGACUGAGACUCGACCAUGUGACGAUCCUGUCAAGGCAGACUUAGAUGAUGAGACUGUAUCUGAUGCUGAAGUCGACGCAGGAUUUAGAGGCUUGUUUACAAAGCUUGCAGGAGAUGACAUGGAGAUCUCUGCAACGGAGCUGAAAACCAUCAUGAAUAAGAUUGUCUCCAAACGAACUGACAUCAAAACAGAUGGCUUCAGUCUUGAAACCUGUAGAAUCAUGGUCAACCUCAUGGAUGACAGUGGGAAUGGAAAAUUGGGCCUUGGGGAAUUCGCUACUCUGUGGAAGAAAGUGCAGAAAUACCUGGGUAUCUAUAAGAAGAACGACAUGGACAAUUCAGGCACCAUGAGUACUCCAGAGAUGCGUAUGGCCCUGAAAGAAGCAGGCUUCACUUUGAACAAUGGCAUUUAUCAGAUCCUCGUGGCUCGCUACGCUGAGCUAGACAUGACCAUCGACUUUGAUAACUUUGUGGCCUGCCUUAUGCGUCUGGAUAUGAUGUUCAGAGUCUUUAUGAAGAUUGAUGCUCAUGACAGUGGCUUCAUUGAGCUCGACUUCCAUCAGUGGCUAACAUUUACGAUGAUCUAGAAGACCCCUGUUCAUUCCGAAGAAAAAUGUGCAGGU